GGGCGGGGCCACGCUGAGCGGCAGCGGCAGUAAGGAGCGGCGGCGUCGAGUCGGCGGACUGCACGGUGACACGGCGUUUCCCUCUUACAUGAUUAAAACACUAAAGCUCGAGCGACACGCGCGCGGAUCUCUACAGACACAGCAGAAACGCCCAGUCCGUCAUGGAGUCCUAUGACAUCUUGGCCAACCAGCCGGUUGUGAUCGAUAAUGGUUCAGGAGUCAUCAAGGCUGGUUUUGCUGGUGACCAGAUCCCCAAAUACUGUUUCCCUAACUAUGUGGGACGUCCCAAGCAUGUGCGCGUGAUGGCGGGGGCCCUGGAGGGAGACCUCUUCAUCGGCCCCAAGGCAGAGGAGCACCGCGGCCUGCUGUCGGUCCGCUACCCCAUGGAGCACGGCAUCGUGAAGGACUGGAACGACAUGGAGAGGAUCUGGCAGUACGUCUACUCCAAGGAGCAGCUGCAGACGUUCUCCGAGGAGCAUCCUGUGCUGCUGACAGAGGCGCCGCUCAACCCCAGCAAGAACAGAGAGAAGGCCGCAGAGAUCUUCUUCGAGACCUUCAACGUUCCUGCACUCUUCAUCUCCAUGCAGGCUGUGCUCAGCUUGUACGCCACAGGACGCACCACCGGCGUGGUGCUGGACUCUGGCGACGGCGUCACCCACGUGGUUCCCAUCUACGAGGGCUUCGCCAUCCCCCACUCCAUCAUGCGCGUGGACAUCGCCGGCAGAGACGUGUCACGCUACCUCCGCCUGCUGCUGCGCAAAGAGGGUUACAACUUCAACACGUCCGCCGAGUUCGAGGUCGUCCGCACCGUCAAGGAGAGGGCCUGCUACCUCUCCCUGAACCCCCAGAAGGAUGAAACCUUGGAAACGGAGAAGGCCCAGUACGUCCUUCCUGACGGGAGCACCUUAAACAUCGGACCCGCCAGGUUCCGAGCGCCCGAGCUGCUGUUCAGACCCGACCUGAUCGGAGAGGAGAGCUCGGGGAUCCACGAGGUUCUGGCCUACGCCAUCCAGAAGUCCGACAUGGACCUGCGGCGCACGCUCUUCUCCACCAUCGUGCUGUGCGGGGGCUCCACGCUCAUCAAAGGUUUCGGGGAGCGGUUACUAACUGAAGUAAAGAAACUGGCUCCUAAAGACGUGAAGAUCAAGAUCUCUGCCCCCCAGGAGCGUCUGUACUCCACGUGGAUCGGCGGCUCCAUCCUUGCAUCUCUGGAUACCUUCAAGAAGAUGUGGAUAUCCAAGCGGGAAUAUGAAGAAGACAGAGCGCGUGCCAUCCACAGGAAGACCUUCUAAGCGGGGGAGGGGGGGUCCGGCGCUGUGCAGACGUCCCCCCCCCUCUCAAAACUGCCCCCAGACGCCCCCCCUCACGGUGCUGAAGAGCAUUGCCUUCAGCCGCAUGUUGGUGUGCUGCUUUCCAUGGUAACAAACCCCCCCCCCCCUGACAGCAGCCCCCCCAACAAACACACACACCAUCACAUGCAGAGAGCGGUCGGGGGGGUUCUGGGGGCCGUGGACUCCCGAAGCGCGGGUCACCGUCAGAGCGUUUCCAUUCCAGACCCGAGCUUCAGAUCGGUUCCCCCGCCAUGUUUGUCCGUAGCUCCUCCCAUUUGCGGUUAGCGCUCGGAGCCGACGCCGAAGGUCGACCUCACUGUAUUAUCCAUCAUCAUCCUCCUCCAUGACGGCCCUCCGCCGCGCUGCCUUUCUUCUGUUCUCCGCUGAUCCAUCCUCUCUUUCUGUCUUCAUGUUUCUGAAGGAUUUUCCUCUGAAACUAAAACAAAGAUACAUAUUUGCUGAAAUAACCUCUGACAUCAUUUCCUGUCCCGCAGAACAAAUAUUUGUCAAAGAACAAUCAUCUACAUGUUCCAGGGUUUGGCUCCGCCCCCAUAGGGCUGCUGCGUUCAGGUGCAGUCGGGUGUAAAUGAGGGUCACAGAAACUGCUGGUGUUCUGUCAGCAGCUGUCAGUUUGAGAAGGCACAGCCCCCCCCCCCCCAUCCACCGAACAGUCGGACCCCCAGUCUUUUGAUUUCCCUGCAGCAGUGAAGGGGUCGUCCACCCGCCUUACUCCGGCGCCGGGGCGUCCACGCUGUGUGCUUCUGGGUGUUUUUUAGAGAAGCCGACGGAGGAGCAGAAAGUGGGAGGAGUCAGCCUCGUGUACAGUCGGAAAACCACGUGACUAAAAAUGUACAAAACUCUUUCUUCAAGUGUUUGCUUUUACUUUUCGUAAAUUCAGUAUAAUAAAUAAGUUAAUGGCUGCUGC